AUGGCGCCCCAUACACAUCAAAAGAAUCCUCAUCAAUCACUGCUUAUAAUCUUCCUAAUUCUUUCAAUUUCAUUUCCAACUCCAAUCAAUGCAUCAACCAAGAAGCUCGAAGAAAUAGUACCAGUAGUAGUGCCCCAAGCACCAACUACUGAAAUUAAGUGCGGAACAUGUCCUUGUGUGAAUCCAUGCGACCAGCAGUCACUGCCACCGCCUCCACCACCACCACCUUCUCCUCCUCCUCCGCCAAGGUUCAUCUAUUGUGAUCCAGUUCCGACGACUCCGCCGCCCCCAAGAUUCUAUUACGUGACUGGUGUGCCCGGUCAGUUGUACACAGCUGAUGCAGAUGAUAGAUGGACAUUUUUCUCUAGUGCUGGACGGAAUGUUGUUGGGAUUUUGCUGCUUUCCUGUGGAUUUGGGUUGUUGGGCCUCUUGACAACCUGGUAG